AUGGCCCGUACCAAGCAGACCGCCCGCAAAUCGACCGGAGGGAAGGCUCCACGGAAGCAGCUGGCCACGAAGGCCGCCCGAAAAUCAGCGCCGGCCACCGGUGGUGUGAAGAAGCCCCAUCGCUAUCGCCCUGGAACCGUAGCCCUGCGGGAGAUUCGUCGCUACCAGAAAUCAACGGAGUUGUUGAUCCGCAAAUUGCCAUUCCAACGCCUUGUGCGAGAGAUUGCACAAGAUUUCAAGACCGACCUGCGAUUCCAGUCCUCGGCUGUGAUGGCCCUUCAAGAAGCCUCUGAGGCUUAUCUGGUCGGACUGUUCGAGGACACGAACCUGUGCGCGAUUCAUGCGAAGCGUGUGACAAUCAUGCCCAAGGACAUCCAGCUCGCCCGUCGAAUUCGAGGAGAACGAGCAUAA